AUGAGUCGGCGAAGGAAACAUGGGGACGGCCCUGGCCCGAAGGAUUCGCUGCGCAAAACAGCAGCGACUGAAGAGUGCAGCUCGGUGGAGCCUGGGAGGAGGCGGCCGAGGUCGACCCGCGGCUCGGGGUUCCGCGGGGCUGGGGACGGGCCUCCCCCGCCAAUGCUGCUGCAAGAGCAGCCUCCAGCAGCUGCUUCCUGCAGUAAAAGUAACCCUGAGGAAAAGUAUGAGACACCCAGGAGAGUGCCAAAAAUAGAUUUACUGCCGUGUAACUUCAGUUCUCCAAAUGAUCCAGAUGGACUGAACGAUAUAUUUUGGGAUCAGAAUUCUCCAACGACAAAGCUGUUAGGUAAAGGAAGAAAAAACCAGAUUUACACCACAGAUAGUGAUGAGAUUUCUCAUAUUGUUAAUCGUAUUGCUCCUCAGGAUGAAAGACCAAGCACAAACUCUAUGCUAGGCAUAUGGAUUGGUGAAACUGCUAUUCCUUGUACUCCCAGUGUAACAAAAGGGAAAUCAAGAGCAAAAAGCAGCGGCAUUAAGUUAAAAACACAAAAUCAAGAAGAAGAACUUAUGAAGUUGGCAAAGCAGUUUGAUAAAAAUAUGGAAGAACUUGAUGUGAUUCAAGAGCAAAGCAGUAGGAAUCAUGAUUUUGCCCAGAUGAUUUCAGAAACAGAGACGUUAAAUGAAUAUAAAGAGAAUUUACAGAUACAGUCAUUAUGUCAUGAAAUUCCUGAAAUAGAUACUGCUGUGAUAAAGAAGCCAGUGAAGGAAAGCACCAAGGUAUCAACGGCAAAUGAUCAAAAUAGCAGUAACAAGUUAUUUGAUCAAAAUGUUGAAGCAGCUUUUAAUGCCAUUUUUGAUGGUUCCACUCAGAAAUGUAGUGGGUGUUUAAGCCAAGAUCGGUCAGAUGCUUUUUUGAACACCAGUAACAACACUGCCUGUCGAAAGGAAAAUACUUUGAAAGAGGAGAAAGUCGUUACCAGUGAGACUCUGAUCGCUGUUAAACUACAAAAUAAAGCCCCAGGAUCACUUUCUUCUCAAGUAGACACUCCCAUCAUGACAAAAUCAUGUGUGACUUCCUGUGUGAAGGAGACAGAAACUUUUAGUAAACACAUUGAUCCCUUUGCUCCCAGUGACUUUGAGAAGAAUUGGGAACAAUUACGCAGAAGUGAAACUCUUGUGAUGCAAACUGUGGAAAUGCCAGAACUGCUUCCUGUGUCGAAAGUACCUCAUGUUGCUGUUCACAAGGAUCUUUAUAUUUUUAACAAUAAAAAUGAUAAAAGUAAGUCAAGAACCGUUGUAAGUUUAGAUGCCAGGCUAAAUGAUUCCAAAAUUUUACAAAAUCUUCCUUCAAAAACAUGUAACAAAGAAUUAAUAGAUGCUGAAAAACAUAACUUUUUGCCAGAUCCAAAUGAUAAAUCAAACAAAUUGUCAUCCACUGGAAAUAAAAUGAAAUUUGAACAAUCUUGCAACAAAAUUAUUUUUCAAGACAAAAUUCAAGAUUGUGCCCUUGCGUCUAAAAAAAUAAAGGAAGAUACUCCUGCUAAGUUUACUUCUACUGUAAAUGCUUCUGAAAAGAAGUCUGCUUUGAACAAAGGAUGUUUUAAUGAACAAAAAUGUAAGCCCAUUUUUAAUCAGUCCGUUAAAAUAGCUGCUAAAACAGAUCUUUUUGACUCUACAGCUUCAGCCGGUGAAACCAAAUCAGAUGGUAACCCAAAUCAGACUAAUGCACCACAUUUAGGUACUUUCCUGGAUGAUUGGAAUGAUCCAUCAUUUGCCAACGAAGUUAUUGAAGCAUGCCAUCAACUAGAGAAUACCUGGGAAACCGAUGAUGUAGACGAUGAUUUGUUAUACCAGGCAUGUGAUGAUGUUGAAAGACUAACACAGCAACAAACCAUUACAAAUGAGAGCAAGAUACCAGAAAAGAUAGUUGAAGUCAAUAAUAAUUCCAAAUUUGGAGCUAAAAACAUGUCUAUGACAUCUAAGCAGGGAAGACAGUUGAUGCGACCAAAGCAUUUGAAUCUGGAUAGCCUUACAGUACAACCAUCCAUAACAAAUAGUUCACAAGUAAAUCAAUCAGUGAAGAUGGAGAAGGGGGAAACUUCCAGAAACACUCCGAGUAUUUUAGGUACCACAACAAAUUUAACUAUGUAUUCUAAGAACUCAAAUGAUGACAUCAGUAAUAUGCAUGUUUCUUGGAAUAACAGUGAUGUUCCAGUAAAAGGGAAUAGUUCCAAGUUGGUUCUGGCAGGAAGUUCAAGUUGGAAUGUGAGUUCAGGGCAUAUGAAUAUAGGAAUUUCUGCUGCUAAUAAGCUGACUACUCAGCGUUUGUUACAUAGGACAGUAAAAGAAGAAACUCAGACUGAUCUUAACAAAGCAACUAAAUUUUCAAAAUACACAUUUACCAGGAUGAAAAAUUCUCAGACUCAAUCUCAGUUUAAUCAAAGUUGUUUAACAGGAAGUAAAUCUGGUGCCAAAACUACACAGAGUUUAGAGGAAAAGAAAACUCCAACUAACAACCCGUUAUGUGAUGAGGAGGUUGUUCAGCAGCAGUCUUUGAUAAAACUUUCUGAAUCUGUAAAACAACCUUCAAAAGAGGAAGAAGAGAAAAAUAGAAAAUAUUCUCCUGAAGAAAUUCAGAGAAAGAGACAAGAAGCGUUGGUUCGAAGAAUGGCCAAAAUACGUGCAUCUUCCCUAAAUACAGCUCCCACUUAA